GACCUACUUCCGGUCUUUGUGACUCAUUGUGCCUGUGGCGAGGUAUUGGGAGGGCCUAUGUCGGUGUGCAGUGCCCUUCGGUCGGGUUGAACCCAGAGCAAGCUGUGCUUGGUCGCCCGGCGUCCCCAGGCCGCUCCGGAGACUCACGGAAUAGUGGAGGAACCAAUAGAAGACAGCUGCUAGGACAGAAACUGCAGCCUGACCCUGUUGGACCCCACCAGUUCACUGAGCCUGAAUGAUGACUGCUGAGUCAAGGGAAACCACAGGUCUAUCCCCACAGGCUGCACAGGAGAAAGAUGGUAUAGUUAUUGUGAAGGUAGAAGAAGAAGAUGAAGAAGACCACAUGUGGGGGCAGGACUCUAGCCUGCAGGAGACACCACCACCCGACCCAGAGGUAUUCCGCCAACGGUUCAGGCGCUUCUGUUACCAGAACACUUUUGGGCCUCGAGAAGCUUUGAAUCGACUAAAGGAACUUUGUCAUCAGUGGCUCCGACCAGAAGUCAACAGCAAGGAACAGAUCUUGGAGCUGUUGGUACUGGAGCAGUUCCUGUCCAUCCUGCCCAAAGAGCUGCAAGUCUGGCUGCAGGAGUACCGGCCUGACAGUGGGGAAGAGGCCGUGACUCUUCUAGAAGACUUGGAACUUGAUCUAUCGGGACAGCAGGUCCCAGGUCAAGUUCAUGGGCCUGAGAUGCUUGCCAGGGGUGUGGUGCCUCUGGAUCCAGUUCAGGAGUCCUCAAGCUUUGACCAUCAUGAAACUGCCCAGUCUCAUUUCAAGCAUUCAUCUAGGAAGCCUCGUCUCUUAUCCCGAGCUCUCCCUGCCACCCAUGUUCCUGCCCCUCAUCAUGAGGGGAAUCCCAGAGACCAGGCGAUGGCAUCUGCACUAUUGACCGCAGAUUCCCAGGCAAUGGUGAAGAUCGAGGACAUGGCCGUGUCCCUCAUCCUGGAGGAAUGGGGAUGUCAGAACCUGGCUCGGAGGAAUCUCAAUAGGGACAGCAGGCAGAUGAAUUUGGGGAAUGUGUUUUCCCAGGGCUCUGAGAACAGGAAUGGGAAUGAGUCAACCUCAAAGGCUGAAGUCAAAGAAGAUUCCACCUCACAUGGGGAGAUAGCAGGGAGAUUCCAGAAGGAAUUUGGAGAGAAACGGGAACAGCAGGGCAGAGUAGUCGAAAGGCAACAGAAAAAUCCUGAAGAGAAAACUGGCAAAGAAAAGAAAGAGCCUGGGCCACCUACAGCCAAGGAAAAAAAGCCCAGCACAGGAGAGCGGGGCCCGCGGGAGAAGGGUAAAGGUCUGGGGAGAAGCUUUAGCCUGAGCGCAAACUUUAAUAACACCCCAGAGGAGGCUCCGUCGGGAGCAAAGACUCACAGAUGCGAUGAGUGUGGGAAAUGUUUCACAAGAAGCUCAAGCCUUAUCCGCCAUAAAAUCAUCCACACUGGAGAGAAACCCUACGAAUGUAACGAGUGUGGCAAAGCCUUCAGUCUCAAUUCAAACCUUGUCCUUCAUCAGCGAAUCCACACGGGAGAGAAACCUCAUGAAUGUAACGAGUGUGGCAAAGCCUUCAGCCAUAGCUCAAAUCUCAUCCUGCACCAGCGCAUCCACUCUGGAGAGAAGCCCUAUGAAUGUAACGAGUGUGGCAAAGCCUUCAGCCAGAGCUCAGACCUCACGAAGCACCAGAGAAUCCAUACAGGAGAGAAGCCCUAUGAAUGUAGCGAAUGUGGAAAAGCUUUCAACCGAAACUCAUACCUUAUUUUGCAUCGGAGAAUUCACACCCGAGAAAAGCCCUACAAGUGCACUAAGUGUGGCAAGGCCUUCACCCGGAGCUCGACCCUCACACUGCACCACAGAAUCCAUGCCAGAGAGAGAACGUCAGAAUACAGCCCAGCCUCUCUGGAUGCCUUUGGGGCAUUCCUGAAAAGUUGUGUGUAAAGCAGGAGUGUCUCGUCAAGCCAUUUCCCCCCUUUUGUUUCUGGAAUUACCUAUGUACCCAUCGAGGGAAAAGUAAUAGCACCAUCGAAUUGUUUGGGAAGUCACACUUCAGGGUCUCUAACAGUUACAUCAACCAUGUCCUCCCUUCAGGAAGUCUGUAGACAUGCAAUUCUUAAAGUCCGUGUAAGGGAAAGCUGGCCGUGUGGAUAUUCCUGCACUCAAGAUAAAAGCAUGCACAGUAAACUGUCAAGCUUUCUAGUCAUGGGUAUACCUUUAAGGUUUGCUUCCCAGCAACCACACCAUAUAGUUGAUGAGUCAAGAUCAGCUCUGUGAAUAUUAUACUGGUUAAGCCACUUGCUGCAAACAAACCCUAAUUAGACAACUUGUAUUUCACAAUGAAGAGAGAUAGUUAAUACAAAAACUACAUUGGGACAUGCUGCUUGAGCAAGUUGUAAAUCCAGAAGGUUCUAUAUCUGAUCACUGGUAGCCUGCCAAAGCUAUAGAAAUCUAGGACUGUGUUGGUCAGAAUCAAACCAAAGAUUUCUAUCUCUUUCUGAAAGAGGGCAUAUGCACCAGUUUAUAGUUCCAAGGACUGUAACAAAUGUGGAUGGGCCUGCCCCCAUCAGUGAGAUCAGUCCUACUGAAAUAGCAACAAUUCAAGAUGCUUCUCUUCCUCUUCAACAUCCCUAAAGCACUCUAGAACGCCUAAAUGCACUCUCCACAAAUUAGCACUUGAUUGUAUACCAUCUUUUCAUCCUUCAGUGUUGGAAGCUUUUAUCAAUCACCACUCCCCCAAAAAGAUGCUUCAGUUGUCAAGAAAUAUAGUUAUGUUCCAGACAGCACAGCACUGGAUGUAGUACUAAACACACACAAGGCACUCCUUAGGACGGACUUCUAACAUCACUGUCAUAUUUGUGGUAGGGUCUGUAAAUCAUGUGAGUACCUGAACUAUGGUACCUUCAGACCUACAGGACAUGCUAUAAUGUAUUCUGGACUCAAUGUUAUUUUGUCCUAAGUAUAAACAAAGGUUGGUCAGCUACCUGCAGAGACUGCAAAUAUGGGUCAGUAAGUAAAUACCACAGAGUAUCAGAAAGGAUUCUUGUCAUCCACGUACAGAAGAAAACUAUGAACACUAACUAUGAAGUUUCUGUUUGUGUGACAUCAUUCCACAGCAAAGCUCUUGUUCUUGGCCAGAGUUCUUUUCAGUGAGCUGCUAAAUGGUGGCAUUUUGAGCACUUGCUGAGUUGUUCAUCACUUAGCCAAUCCUGUUCAAAAGAUGUGAAGGGUUUUUGUUGUUGUUCUUUUGUUUGAUUUUUUUUAAAGUUUUUUUUUUUAUUUGUUUUAUUUCUCAGAGAAAGGGAAAGUUUAAGGGAGCAUUUUUCCUCUCACAUUUAACCAGAAACUUGUAGAAGCAUCUGUCAUCAUUAGCCAGCAGUAACUUAAGAUGUCCUGUAGCUCUGAGAAGUUCACCACCACACCAGUGUGGUUGGUUGUGUCACUGUAUUUAAUAACACACAGUGUCUUUUCUGUUUCUCAUGAAAGACUAAAGUGAGGAAGUGAGGUUAGGGGACUUUAGCCUUUCCUGUCAUCUCUGCAGGUGGCUUCCCAGAAGCUCUUGAUGGAGACAUAACACAUACAGGAGACCCCAAGUAUCAAGCUAUGCAGGUAUUGGGAUCUUGAACAGACAGCUUUAUUUAAGGAAGCAUUGAGAUAGUGUGGACAGCCCUACAGAACCCUAGAAACAUAAGCUAAAGACAAACUUGAAGACUGUUGACAUGGACACCCCGCCUAUGGUUGAGAUUUCCCCUCAAGAAACAACUAAAAUCACCUUGCACCAGUUGUUCACUGGUGACCAGCAGCAAAAGUCGGUGAGACACAAUAGCAGCAGGUCUCAUCAGGUUGGUACCUGUGACCUCUGUUCCAAGUCAGACUAGAAUCCUACAAACAAUCACUGGUUCUUGCUUGACUUUAUUUCUUAGACCAAUCCUAAUCUCUGGCGGCAUCUGAGCUGUUUGCUUAGUGCUGCCAGUGAGUGUUCUAUCCAUCCAGCUGAAAAUCAACAGAGCUACUCUGAGGAUUGCACCUGACUCACUUUCUGGAGUGAGGUGGAGAUAAAGAGGUGCUUUUUAAGGUUCUCUUAAAGGAAUGAGUCAUAUUAAUGGUGGACUUUUGUGUGAGAGCUCUGGCCUGUUUGGUUUUUUGUCUUGUUUUGUGUUGGGUUUUUUUGUUUUUGUUUUUGUUUUUUUUUUUUUUUAAAGCAACUGAAAUAAGGUACAGGACUCCAGGAGCACAUCGAGACACUGGCUUUGAUCCCAAGAAAGGACUUUGGUCAUUUCCCUUUUGGCUGCUUAUACACAGACAAUUAACCACAUGCUGGUGCACUUCAGCCGUUAUUCUUUGUUCUUAAAUGAAAUUAAGACUGACCUGUGAUCCCAUCCCUCAUUUGAUUUCCAUUUUACUGGAACGUUUUACUAUUAGAUAGUCACUGGGAUGGCUCCAGAUCUUCCAUGGAUGCAGUCCUGGAGGCAGCCACCUGAAAAUACAUUUUACUUAGAAAGCUGACUAUAGGUGGUUAUCCAAAUUUCUUAGAUGCUCAGCAGUGUCACUGCAUCGUGGUCAAAUGUGGUGACAUCUGUCGUUAGUGCUCAGGCUAGUUAACAGCCUAAGUGCUUAUUAGUUAACCAUCAGCAUGCCGAUUGACAUGAUGGAACUUUAAGACUUCUUAAAUGUACUUUACAACAAAAGCCAGAUUCUUCAAGUUUUGAACUUUCUACUUCAGCCUGGCAGGCAAGGCUAAGCAUUGAUGUGUGAGACAACUUUAUAUGUAAAGCACUUGAUAUUAAAGGUAUAAUCGUGAGACUGUUAAAUAUGUGUAGAGAGACUGACAUGUUAAAUAUGUGAGGCAGUCCAUGCCUUAUAUACAUCAGAGAAUUGAUUCCAGAAUGGGACCGAGUCCGAGUGUGAUGCCUGGCAAAGGUUACACUGUAAAUAAACUCUUUCUGUGAGGCCAGCUUUAUGCACUCAUUGCUUUGGACAGGAAAUUUCCAUUGUGCAUCUCAAUCAUGCCGUAAGUUCAGAAGCUGCCAGAAGAGCUCAGUCUUAACUCCAGAGGACCCACAGGAGAGCCCAAGUGUGGGCAAUGCUAAAGAAACAGUAAAAACUCACAACUUCUUACAAACGGUGAACACUGAGUACCUCGGUGUAUUCUGUAAGGUCAUAAUGUCGGUGUGUCUUUGUACCUCACCCCUCCUGUCAUUCUUUAUAGUCCUUGUAAACGUGUUCCAGUCCGUUGAACAGAUCCCAUCACCUGGGAGCGGGGAGAAAGUGAAGUUUUGGAGUAGUUAAGAAACUAUAGUUAUAAACGUGAUUAGGUCUCAGAACUAGGGGUGUGGAAGAAACUUCUUAGGUUGGUGCUUGUUGAACCGAGAAAAGUCUGUGAAAAGAGCUCAGUAGAACACUAAAGUGGAAUAAUUGUACAUGCCCCUUCCUGGUCUCUCACUCAAAGGGAAUGGGCAGGCUCUGGCUUAGAGGUGGGCUGAGGGCUUCUCCAUUGUUAAUAUAUUUGGGGGAAUAUAUAAUCAACAGAAGCUAGGAAGUAUACCGGAAAGGCUAGUUUGUCCAGAUUCUUUGAGCCAUGGUAUCAUAGUUCAGUUUUCCCACUCAUAAAUCCUCUAUGCUUAGACAAAUAGGGACUCUGUCCACAGGAAGGACUACUUUCCAGGAAACACAAGUAGGUCUUGCAGGGAAGGGGAGCUAUCUCAGAGUUUGCAAAGCAUUGCAAGAUUUGCUUUUGCUUUACUGCAAGUUCCUAUCUUUGCUCCCAAUCUCUGGUGUAUUUGUGCUUAAGAGACAGUGUUUGAAGAUUCGUAGCUGUGAAUAUUUGUUGAUUUAAGAUUUUAUCUUAGAAUUGCCAACUGUAUUUCCAGUAGGCAAUGCUGAUCUGUUAUCAAAAGGGAAUUUAAUCAAGCUCAUCUUGCCAUCCUCCUGGAAGACUAAUUUUGUCACUGGAGUGACAAUGCUGAGACAGACACUCAAGACAGCAAGCUUGCCACAGAGCCAUUUUCUGUGUUCCACUAUGAGCAACUCUCAGAAGUCUGUAUGAAGAAGGAUUAGGGGUGUGGUUCCAUCCCCAGCACUGCAUGAAAAGGAUGUGCUGUCACAUGCCUGUGAUCCCAGCACUUAGGAAGUAGAGGCAAGAAGAUCGGGAAUUUGGGAUCAUCCUCUGUGACAUAGCAAGUUUGAGACCUGCCUGAACUGCCAGAGAUCUUAUCAAAAACAAACAACCCCCCCCCCAUAACUAUGUAUAUGUAAGGGAGCCAGGCAAGGUGGUACAUUCCUUUAAUCCCAGGACUUGGGAGGCUGGAACAGUUCACAAGUUCACAGCCAGCCUGUUUCCAAAGAAAUAGAAAUGUGCAGGUAUUUCCCAUUAGGCCUGUGAAUUGUAUGAAAUAUAGAACCAGAGAGGCAAACUUAAAUGAUGUAAAUAGAUCACUUCAUAGAAGUCAGAGUAGAUUUUUAUUUCAACUACUACUGGAGGCAACGAGCAUUGUUGGAAAAGUUUUCCUAACAUAGAUCUAGGCUUUGCUCUUAGUAUGGAAACACUACUGUAAGUUUUAAAGAAGUUACUUAUUUUGCUAUUCAUAUUUUUUUUUAUGUCUGAAAAUACCUGACUUAAAACUUUGUAAAACAAACUUGAAGUUAUAGGUAAGGUAAGCCAUCACCAAUACUGCAGGUCAAACAUAAGUUUGGGAAAUUAUUUUGAUAUCCCAUAAUACUAAUGUUCUAGUAGUUUUCUAUUAACUGGUUCUGUUUCCUAGUUGAUAACCCAAUCCCAUGUUAUCCUAUAUUAAUCUAAACAGCAAAAUGAAGAGAGUGAAGCUUACUCAGCUCUAAGCUGUGGUUCCAAAUGAAAAAUGUCACAGUCUGCUAUGAAAUUAAGAAUUGAUUUUUUUAUUUUUGUUUAACCUGGGAGGUUGUGAUACACCCCCUUACAAAAACUGACUCAAUUUACUUAACUGACCCAAAUUACUUGAUCAUUAGCCAAAUUAAUUGAUCCUUGAAAUGGUCUCAGUUCAUAAGCACUCAGGUUUGUGAAGGACUAGAAGAGGCUGGACCUUCAUUCCAGUUUGACAUUGGGGCUAAGUCCUGUUGGUCCACAAAACGACAACCAGUCACACUGAGUCAUUUAUCCUGUAGUCUCCAGCAUGUUACAAGAGAAUGGCCAAAUGAGGUCUAGCAGCCUCAUGAUCUGCUAAGAAAGUGCUGAGGCCAGAGAAGCUUGACUGGGGGGUGGGCAGGUGGUUGCUCACCUUCCUUUCUAUCUUAAUUGGUAACAGCUUGAAGUGCCAGCCAGCCCUAGCUGGACUGAGAGUGUGAGACUUGGGCUCAGUUUCUCCUCUGCUCUCAAACCGCCAUCCCACAAACAUGGAUCAAGUAAUGCAGUUUCUAGAGCCAGGUUGGCAGUUUGUAAAGGACUCAAUUCAGCUGGUUAAAAGAUGCACCAAACCCGACAAAAGAAUUCCAGAAGCUUGCCAUGGCUACAGCUAUAGGAUUUGCUAUCAUGAGAUUCAUUGGCUUCUUCGUGAAACUGAUCCAUAUCCCUAUUAAUAACAUUAUCAUGGGUGGCUGAGUCCUUUUUCAUCAUGGGACAAGUGAACCAGUGAGGGGGUGACAAGCUCAUGAAAUAAAACAUUGCCUGGAAAAAAAGAGAGAGAGAGACUUACCUGGAAUCCCUCAGUGAGGGGUGUGGCUCAGUUAAGAGCAUUUACAUAGAGUAACCCAUGAAAGUGAAUGUGAGUGGCCACAGGACAUGGUGCCAAAGCAAUAGAGCAUUUGCUAGGAUACCCUAUUAGUGGGUGGGCUGUGAUGUGGCUCCGUGAUUGCCUACCAUAUGCAAGUCCCUUGGGUGCAAUCUCCAGCACUGCCCUGCCCUGCCCAAAAAGAGUUCUUACUUUCUCACGGGAGGAAGACUGUGAUUAAACAGAACAUUCUUGUCCUAAGAAUUCGAGUGUUAAGGGUUAGGGUGGUUGUGCAAGCAAAUUUUUAAGUUGUAUUUUUAUAAACUUUCAGUUAAGGAUUAUUAUUAACAACCAGGUCAACAUGAUAAGCCUACAUUUAUAUAGAGAGUUAACUCAGGCACUGUCUUUUUGUUCAUAGGCUAGAUAAACCAUCCUGUUUUAUCCAUCCCCAGCAUAUACUAGAAUAAAUUAGACCCAAAGAAGAAACUUUGUAUGCCAGCAGGAUUAAAAUCAUUGCUGUUAAAAAGUGGAACUUUGAUUUGACCAGCCUCUGAAGAGUCCAGAUGUUUAGUAGAUGUUCAAUAAAUAAUUUUUAAAUGGAA